AUGGCUCUGCAGCCUUACCGGGACGAGGAUUUAAAUUUUUUCAAAUUCGCGUCCCUUGUAUUGAAUGAAUUUCCAAACGUCCUGAGACAGACAUUUAAAACCAUGUGGGACAACACCUAUGGACAUCGCCCUGGCUUCCAGCUCUGGGAUGAUUCCCCUGCCGUGAGAAAUUUGUUUUCCGCUACAGAAGGUGGCAGAACCAAAGUUCUUGUCCUUCGAUCGUAUCACGAAUGGGAUUGCACUGCUUUGUUCCAGGCCACUAUCUAUUCGCGAGCGUUCGCUGUACAUCACGGAACGCUAAAUGACGUUUAUGUUAAGCCCCGUGGAUUAACACAUGGCCAUUUUCAUCCGUCUGUAGUGAGCACGACUGGAAACAAUGCGGAAACCUGUGCACUAGCGAUAGAUCAGUUACGCCUUCUGAGGAAUUCCGUUUGCCACUCAACAAGUUCUGAGAUGAAAAAAGUAACCUUUGACCAGUACGUGAAACACGCCAAAGACGCGUUCCAAGCGCUGGGUGUCUCGACGGUUCCAAUUGAUGCUGCUGCUAGUUUAUUAGAGUCAGACUUUCCCACAAGUAAAGUCCGCAGACUUGAGCAGGCUAUCAAUGAAGAGAAUAAAUCGUACAUAAAAUUUCUUGAGGGCGUGAAUUCAGACAUUGCAGAGUUGAAGAAGAAAGUGGAAAGCGAUAUUGCUAGCAAAGAAGACGUCGCCAUGUUGGCACGAAAAAUAGAUGAACUCAAAGCUAUGCAAGACGUCAGUGAUAACAAAGAAGACAUUAGUAUGUCGGUGAGGAAAGAAGGUGAGUUAAAAAGCUAGUGUAAAGAAAAAAUGCGCAACUCAAUUAACAAAGCUUCUCGAGCUAAUCUGCCCAGUUGAAAAUGUAACUGAAAUCCUAAGCAAAAUAUUUUAAUCAUCUCCAAAACUCUAAAUUUGAUUGUAUUGGACUUGAAAGAAAUCCACCUCUUAUCGGCUCUUGCCAAGGCAGGAAAGUAAUUUACAGAUUCAUUAGAUACAAAGUGCAGCGAGGGUCUUAAUCGAGGCCGGAGAAAUAACUCGUGAGUCAUUUGUUUGAGAUUCCCAGCGGUAGCUUUUGUCCGCUGCUGAUUUUUACUUUGCACACCGAGUUACCGGCUAUAUCUGCAUUAUACAUGGUCAAUUUGAAUUCCCUAUAAUUUCGUCCUCAGUAAGAAUUACUUCUUUUUAUGCCUCUCUGACAUUGUUGAUAUAUUGGCGGUUCCAUACAAGAUAAAAAAUCUCAAAACAGUAAAAAUGAAGGGUAUGUAUCCCAAACUCAGUACCAGAAAGCCCCGACACUCCAAGGGCCAAUUUAGCUUCCUCCAAUUCCACCCAUGAUCACGACGUAGCUACUUUUUCCUGUACACUCGUAACUGACUCGUAUCGAAUGACUCAUCUAAAAAAUAUGCUCUCAUUACCCAAACCAAAUAUCUGAUAUUCAGUUGCCUUUUUCUCCUUUCAGAUAUCCCAAUAUCACUACCCCAAUCAAAGUUAAAGGCUGGCAAUCGUUUUGCAGAGAACCAAUCUUGUGAUGAUGAAAACAUUAAUAAACUCGGAAUCGAAAAACGUAAGAAUCACGAUUUCCAAUCAGCUCUUCAAGUUCACCGACGUGCGUUGGACCAAAGUACGGCUGACUGUUACUACUCCCUGGGGAGAACACAGCAUAAGAUGGGUGAUUUCAAAGCAGCUCUGCAGUCAAAACAGCAUGCGCUGGACAUACGUAUGAAACUGUUUGGAGAAGAACACCAAAGUACGGCUGACUGUUACUACGAACUGGGGAUAACACAGCAUGAUUUAGGUGAUUUCAAAGCAGCUCUUCAAUCUCACCAGCGUUCGAUGGACAUACGUAUUAAACUGUUUGGAGAAGAACACCAAAGUAUGGCUGACUGUUACUACGAACUGGGGAUAACACAGCAUGAACUAGGUGAUUUCAAAGCAGCUCUUUAAUCUCACCAGCGUGCGCUGGACAUACGUAUCAAACUGUUUGGAGAAGAACAUAAAAAUGCGGCUAGAUGUUACUACGAACUGGGGAAAACACAGCAUAAGAUGGGUGAUUUCAAAGCAGCUCUGCAGUCAAAACAGCGUGCGCUGGACAUACGUAUUAAACUGUUUGGAGAAGAACACCAAAGUACGGCUGACUGUUACUUCUCCCUGGGGAGAACACAGCAUAAGAUGGGUGAUUUCAAGGCAGCUCUGCAGUCAAAACAGCAUGAGCUGGACAUACGUAUUAAACUGUUUGGAGAAGAACACCAAAGUAUGGCUGACUGUUACUACGAACUGGGGAUAACACAGCAUGAACUAGGUGAUUUCAGAGCAGCUCUUCAAUCUCAUCAGCGUGCGCUGGACAUACGUAUCAAACUGUUUGGAGAAGAACAUAAAAAUGCGGCUAGAUGUUACUACGAACUGGGGAAAACACAGCAUAAGAUGGGUGAUUUCAAAGCAGCUCUGCAUUCAAAACAGCGUGCGCUGGACAUACGUAUUAAACUGUUUGGAGAAGAACACCAAAGUACGGCUGACUGUUACUUCUCCCUGGGGAGAACACAGCAUAAGAUGGGUGAUUUCAAGGCAGCUCUGCAGUCAAAACAGCAUGAGCUGGACAUACGUAUUAAACUGUUUGGAGAAGAACACCAAAGUAUGGCUGACUGUUACUACGAACUGGGGAUAACACAGCAUGAACUAGGUGAUUUCAGAGCAGCUCUUCAAUCUCAUCAGCGUGCGCUGGACAUACGUAUCAAACUGUUUGGAGAAGAACAUAAAAAUGCGGCUAGAUGUUACUACGAACUGGGGAAAACACAGCAUAAGAUGGGUGAUUUCAAAGCAGCUCUGCAUUCAAAACAGCGUGCGCUGGACAUAUGUAUUAAACUGUUUGGAGAAGAACACCAAAGUACGGCUGACUGUUACUUCUCCCUGGGGAGAACACAGCAUAAGAUGGGUGAUUUCAAAGCAGCUCUGCAGUCAAAACAGCAUGAGCUGGACAUACGUAUUAAAGUGUUUGGAGAAGAACACCAAAGUACGGCUGACUGUUACUACGAACUGGGGAUAACACAGCAUGAUUUAGGUGAUUUCAAAGCAGUUCUUCAAUCUCACCAGCGUGCGCUGGACAUACGUAUUAAACUGUUUGGAGAAGAACACCAAAGUAUGGCUGACUGUUACUACGAACUGGGGAUAACACAGCAUGAACUAGGUGAUUUCAAAGCAGCUCUUCAAUCUCAUCAGCGUUCGCUGGACAUACGUAUCAAACUGUUUGGAGGAGAACAUAAAAAUGCGGCUAGAUGUUACCACGAACUGGGGAAAACACAGCAUAAGAUGGGUGAUUUCAAAGCAGCUCUUGAAGCUCACCAGCGUGCCCUGGGCAUACGUAUUAAACUGUUCGGAAAAGAUCAUGAAAGCACUGCUGCCAGUAACCGGGAAGUGGAGAAAACACAGCACGCAUUGGAUGGCCUGAAAGGAGGGCAUAAGUAGUUUUAAUUCAGUUCACUGGACUUGCAAAUUAUUCUUUUGGACAAAAUGGUAUGAUACACUUGAAUAAAUAGGGUAUGUAAUAUAGUAUAAGUUCGCUGUUGUUAAGAAGAAUUUUAAUAGAUUUUGUUGGUUAACUUAUUUACCAAUUAAGUCUUCACUCUUAACAGAGUUUUGCAGACUUUAAAUAAUAAAAAUUACAACAAUGAAUAGAACAAUAACAAAAUUACUAAUCAAUAUGUAAGAUUACACACGAAUUGCCUAAAUGAACAUGACGAAGUAGAGGCUAUAAUUUCUGGUGGGAGAUUAUUCCACUGUGCAAUUGUCCUAAUUUAAAAAGAGUUCUUAUAAUAAUGACAUGUACUACGUGGCUGUUCAAAUCGAUGACUGAGAGACGAGAGCCUGGUGUCCAUUCUGCUCUUUUGCAGAGUUGAAGAAGAAAGUGGAAAGCGAUAUUGCUAGCAAAGAAGACGUCGCCAUGUUGGCACGAAAAAUAGAUGAACUCAAAGCUAUGCAAGACGUCAGUGAUAACAAAGAAGACAUUAGUAUGUCGGUGAGGAAAGAAGGUGAGUUAAAAAGCUAGUGUAAAGAAAAAAUGCGCAACUCAAUUAACAAAGCUUCUCGAGCUAAUCUGCCCAGUUGAAAAUGUAACUGAAAUCCUAAGCAAAAUAUUUUAAUCAUCUCCAAAACUCUAAAUUUGAUUGUAUUGGACUUGAAAGAAAUCCACCUCUUAUCGGCUCUUGCCAAGGCAGGAAAGUAAUUUACAGAUUCAUUAGAUACAAAGUGCAGCGAGGGUCUUAAUCGAGGCCGGAGAAAUAACUCGUGAGUCAUUUGUUUGAGAUUCCCAGCGGUAGCUUUUGUCCGCUGCUGAUUUUUACUUUGCACACCGAGUUACCGGCUAUAUCUGCAUUAUACAUGGUCAAUUUGAAUUCCCUAUAAUUUCGUCCUCAGUAAGAAUUACUUCUUUUUAUGCCUCUCUGACAUUGUUGAUAUAUUGGCGGUUCCAUACAAGAUAAAAAAUCUCAAAACAGUAAAAAUGAAGGGUAUGUAUCCCAAACUCAGUACCAGAAAGCCCCGACACUCCAAGGGCCAAUUUAGCUUCCUCCAAUUCCACCCAUGAUCACGACGUAGCUACUUUUUCCUGUACACUCGUAACUGACUCGUAUCGAAUGACUCAUCUAAAAAAUAUGCUCUCAUUACCCAAACCAAAUAUCUGAUAUUCAGUUGCCUUUUUCUCCUUUCAGAUAUCCCAAUAUCACUACCCCAAUCAAAGUUAAAGGCUGGCAAUCGUUUUGCAGAGAACCAAUCUUGUGAUGAUGAAAACAUUAAUAAACUCGGAAUCGAAAAACGUAAGAAUCACGAUUUCCAAUCAGCUCUUCAAGUUCACCGACGUGCGUUGGACCAAAGUACGGCUGACUGUUACUACUCCCUGGGGAGAACACAGCAUAAGAUGGGUGAUUUCAAAGCAGCUCUGCAGUCAAAACAGCAUGCGCUGGACAUACGUAUGAAACUGUUUGGAGAAGAACACCAAAGUACGGCUGACUGUUACUACGAACUGGGGAUAACACAGCAUGAUUUAGGUGAUUUCAAAGCAGCUCUUCAAUCUCACCAGCGUUCGAUGGACAUACGUAUUAAACUGUUUGGAGAAGAACACCAAAGUAUGGCUGACUGUUACUACGAACUGGGGAUAACACAGCAUGAACUAGGUGAUUUCAAAGCAGCUCUUUAAUCUCACCAGCGUGCGCUGGACAUACGUAUCAAACUGUUUGGAGAAGAACAUAAAAAUGCGGCUAGAUGUUACUACGAACUGGGGAAAACACAGCAUAAGAUGGGUGAUUUCAAAGCAGCUCUGCAGUCAAAACAGCGUGCGCUGGACAUACGUAUUAAACUGUUUGGAGAAGAACACCAAAGUACGGCUGACUGUUACUUCUCCCUGGGGAGAACACAGCAUAAGAUGGGUGAUUUCAAGGCAGCUCUGCAGUCAAAACAGCAUGAGCUGGACAUACGUAUUAAACUGUUUGGAGAAGAACACCAAAGUAUGGCUGACUGUUACUACGAACUGGGGAUAACACAGCAUGAACUAGGUGAUUUCAGAGCAGCUCUUCAAUCUCAUCAGCGUGCGCUGGACAUACGUAUCAAACUGUUUGGAGAAGAACAUAAAAAUGCGGCUAGAUGUUACUACGAACUGGGGAAAACACAGCAUAAGAUGGGUGAUUUCAAAGCAGCUCUGCAUUCAAAACAGCGUGCGCUGGACAUAUGUAUUAAACUGUUUGGAGAAGAACAC